GUAUGCCUGAGACAGGGUGAUGCCUGGAAUAGGUGGUCUUAUACAAUUUCAUAGGGCGAUGUUGGUGGAAAAAUACUUGCUAUGUAAUACUGUGUACCAGUGCAAAGUCCAAGUCUCUCAGCAUUUGAAGACUAAUUGCUGAAAUAUCAUUAUACAACACCCACAGAAAUAAAGUAAUUAAUGCCUAGAGCUAGGGGCAGUAGGAGUAGCUGUAACGUCCAGUGAUAGUGUGUUGGACAACUGACUGGAGCCUCCCUCACCUGGUCAGGCCACUUGAGUCAUACAGUCUCUAUCUUUUAAAACAGCCACACCUGUCUCAAUAUCACACCACUAGACAGAGGCUUGUCACAGUGUGAGCUCCUUUGACGAGGAACAAGCCAACCACCUGUGACAACGCACAAAAAUGUGACUUAUCAGUUAAUGAGCAACCAUGGCAACCUUUGGUCCCCUUGGCACUCUUGAGGUAGGCAGCAAAGUGCUUCACAGAAGCGGAUCUUCUCUUCGGGGUAGUGGAUCUUCUCCUGUGCCAUGGAAUAGGCUGAGUUUGGGUUGUCAGAGCCACUGGAUUGAACAGGGGCUGGAUAUAUUUCCCCCUACCUUGCUGGGGUCACCCUGAGAUGGCCAUGGUCCAAGAGAAGUCCCAAGGAGAUAUACUGGCAGAUCAGGGCAGCCCCCUUCUACCAGAUCCCGAAGUGCUUCCUUUCACGUGCUAUCCCAGCAUGCAAUACCCCACGAUGGAGCCCACAAUGUCGUCCCCGUCGUACUACUCCAGUCAGCACUACUACCCACCGUACAACUCAGAGGACUGGUACUCUCAGCCCAGCCUGUACGAACUGAGGAAGGGGCCCCUGGAGGGUGCCAGCUUUGAGGCUGAGAUGGAGGACACCUCCGUGGCAGUGCCUUCCGUGUGCAAGAGGACCCGACACGGCUCCCAUCCCGGCAGGGUCAAAGGGGAGGAGCUGUGCGUGGUGUGUGGCGAUAAGGCCUCUGGGUAUCACUACAACGCGCUCACCUGUGAAGGCUGCAAAGGCUUCUUCAGGAGGAGCAUCACAAAGAACGCCGUGUACAAGUGCAAGAGCGGCGGCAAUUGUGAAAUGGACAUGUACAUGCGCAGGAAGUGCCAGGAAUGCCGACUCCGGAAGUGCAAAGAGAUGGGAAUGCUGGCAGAGUGUUUGCUAACGGAGAUACAGUGCAAGUCCAAAAGGCUCAGAAAAAACACAAAGAGCUCCCCGGGGGAGUCGGCAGGGGACGACCCAGAGGGGGCAGACUGCGGCGACACCAAACAGGUCACCUCCACCACCAGACUCCCAAAGGAAAAAGUGGAACUCAGUCAAGAAGAACAGGCUCUCCUAAAUUACAUUGUCGAUGCUUACAAUAAACAUCGAAUCCCUCCAGAUAUGGCAAAGAAACUGCUCCAGGAGCAGUUCAACGCAGAGGAGAACUUCCAGCUCCUCACAGAAAUGGCCACGAGCCAUGUCCAAGUCUUGGUGGAAUUCACCAAAAAUAUUCCAGGUUUCCAGAGCUUGGAUCAUGAAGACCAGAUUGCGCUCCUGAAGGGCUCUGCGGUGGAGGCCAUGUUUCUGCGCUCGGCCCAGGUCUUCACGCGGAAACUACCGCAAGGACACACGGAGGUGCUGGAGGAGCGGAUCCGCAAAAGCGGGAUCUCUGAGGAGUUCAUCACGCCCAUGUUCAACUUCUACAAGAGCAUCGGGGAGCUGCAGAUGCUGCAGGAGGAACAUGCUCUCCUCACCGCCAUCACCAUCCUCACACCAGAGCGGCCGUACGUGCGGGACCAGGCGGCGGUGGAGCGGCUGCAGGAGACCAUGCUGGAGGUUCUGCGGAAGUUCUGCAAGCUGCAGCACUCGCGGGAGCCGCAGCACUUCGCCCGGCUGCUGGGCCGCCUGACGGAGCUGCGCACCCUCAACCACCACCACGCCGAGAUGCUCACCUCCUGGCGCAUGAGCGACCACAAGUUCACACCACUGCUCUGCGAGAUCUGGGACGUGCAGUGACCACGGACAGCCAGUAGAGGGAGGGAUGGAGAGAGAGAGGGAGAGUGAGAGAGAGAGAGAAGAAGGAUGGUAGAUGGAGAGAAGAAACAAGAGCGAGAGAAAGAGGAGGAGUAGCAAACAAAUUGCGGAAGAAAAAGAUUCGGGAAGAAAGAAGAGGAGGAUGGGAGGAGAUGCAACUGUCUCAGCAAAAAACUUUACACUGACAUGGAAAUGCAUAGGCUGGCAGACAGUGGGAAUGGCUUGUGCUGUCACUACAUGCUACUACUUGUACUAUAGGCCACAUCAAGAAAGAUUGAAGAUAGUUAUUACAGUGUUUAAAGGUGUAAGGAGUUUUGAUAAAACGGCCCCUUGUUCUGGAAGUAAUGGUCUCUUAUUAAAUAUGUUUGAAUAGACUGUUUCGAAUCAAUCUCUGUUUUUUAAUGGCAUAUCAAGGCUGAGAAUAUUAUUAUUGUUAUUAUUGUUGUUGUUUUUGUUGUUGUUGUUAUUGUAACUCCAAAUAUCUCUUCAGCUAUUGUUUUCUCAAAUUAAUUGGGGUCCACACUUUUCCCGCAGAAGUCAGCACUUCACCUUUACACAAUUCAGAUGUUUUAAUUCAUUUUUAUCACCUUUAUCUCUUGGAGGCCAUGUUUGGACAUUAGUAUCUUAAAAGUAUUAUUUCCAGCCUGCUCAGACUUUGUAGGAUGGACGACAUGUUCGCAGCAUGACUGGACUAUUUAAACAUUUGUACUGCAUGUCCAUUAAUUUUAUAGGCCUUGGAGUAA